GUAUACGAGUGAAACCCGUAGCGCGUGCCUGAACCCCAAUUGCGGCAAGCAUUUGGCGUGUGAGACGACUAACUAAUUGCAGGCUUCGGAAAAAAAAAUAUGAAAUCUCUCAGCAUCGCGUGGGCCGUCCUCGCCGGACUUGCCACGUGCAUUCAACCGAUAGUCGCCGCGACUCUGGAGACAAUUAGGGAUAUCCCGUCUGACGGAUAUCUGCAUGGCUCCAAUUUUACGUACCCGUUUCCGCUAAAAGUGUACACCUUCGGCUCGCAGCUGCAAAAACUUGAAAUGGCCUUCAUGGACAUUGCGCCAACCGUGGAAGCAAACGGCAAGGUCGCCAUCUGCCUGCACGGAAAGAACUUCUGCGGGCCCACGUGGGAGGAGACCGCGAGGCAGCUAGCCGGGGUCGGAUACCGGGUUAUUCUCCCCGACCAGGUCGGGUUUUGCAAGUCGUCGAAGCCAAAGUCGUACCAGUACACGCUGCAGCAGUUUUCCUACAACACGAAGAAUCUCCUGCGGGCACUGGACAUUGAGAAAGUGACGCUGAUCGGCCACUCUCUGGGGGGCAUGACGUCCAUCCGCUUUAGCUUGAUGUUCCCGGACAUCGUGGAAAGGCUGGCGCUUGUGAACCCGAUCGGGCUCGAAGACUGGAAGGCGCUCGGCGUGCCGUACGAGAGCAUCGACGACCUGUACGUAUCCGAGGCCGCGAGCAACUACUCUACCAUCCGCGCGUACGAGCAGCCGACGUACUACGUCGGCCACUGGGACGCCGCCUACGACGUCUGGGUCAACAUGCUGGCCAACAUCUACCAGGGCGGCGAGGGGUCCACCUUCGCGUUCAACCAGGCCCUCGUCACCGACAUGGCGCUCAGCGCGCCCGUCGUCUACGAGUUCGCCAUGCUGAGGCCGCCGACGCUGCUGCUGAUUGGCGAGAGGGAUACCACGGCGUUGGGAAAGCAGUGGAGCCCGCCCGACGUCCAGGCGAAGCUCGGCCACUACGACGUCCUGGGGAAGCAGGCCGCGGCUGCCAUACCGGAUUCGGAUUUGAUUGAAUUCCCGGACUUGGGACACGCGCCGCAGAUACAAGAGCCGGGGAGGUUUCAUGAGGCGCUGCUGGGGUGGUUGGCGGGAUAGACGUAUACAGUAGGUAUAUAAUACCUACCUGAAAAUAGAGGCUCA